UAUAUAACAUAGUAUACACACACAUAUAUAUAUAUGGUGAAGGUAACAAUAGUAGGAAGAGUGAGAGAAGGGUUACCUCUUGCACAAGGGCCAAGGUACGUAAAUAAGGAAGAGAAUGAGAGCUUCUCAUUUAACAAGCAACAAGGAGAGUUGAUACUCAAAGAAAUUUCUAGAGGAGCUUUGCCGCAUUCCAAGAUGACCAUUCGAGUCGAUCAUCAAUAUUGCUUCAACUACUUGGUUGAGAAUGGAAUCGCUUUCAUUACCUUGUUCGAUUCUUCAUAUCCAAGAAAGUUAGCUUUUCAUUAUCUUCAAGAUUUGCAAAAGGAGUUUCAGAAGUUCGAUUCUAAUCUCAUUGAGAAAAUUACAAGGCCUUAUAGCUUUAUUGGAUUUGAUAGUGUUAUUGUGAAUAUUAGAAAGCAAUACAUUGAUACAAGAACACAGGCCAACCUAUCAAAGCUUAAUGCUAAUAGAAAACAAGAUUUAGAUAUUGUUACAGAGAACAUGACAGAAAUCUUAGAGAGAAGGAGAAUUUCAGAGUUACACGAAAUGAAAUCAUCACCACCAUCGACUCCUCGAGUUGUCUCCUCAAUAUGGGGUUCCUCACAUCUUGAGGUGAUUGCACUGAAAUGGACUCCUAUUACGAUCGUACUUGUCGUUUUGGUUGUUGUUUCUUGGGCCAGCUUGAUCAUGACAGACAGCAUUAUAAUUUCCAGAUAUUAGUAUCAUAUGAUUUUUUUUUCUUUUCUAAACCACUCUUUGUGGAUAAUUGGUUUCCUUAAUCUCAUUAAUUCACCCUUAGGCUAAUAUAUAAUGUAAUGUCAUAAGAUUAGGGCCUAAGCCCAUAAUAAAUAUAUACAAUACUGAGUAAAUUAUAUUUCAUAUAAGAUUUUUAAUAUAGUAUCCAAAAAAAUAUGUUUUUUUUUUUUCAGAAAAAGUUAAUCUAAACUUUUUUUUUUAAGAAUUUUUACUUUUAUGGAUUUAUUUUUACUUUUAAUCAAGUUUUAUUAAUUUGGAAGGAUAUGUUUGUAAUUUGAUUAUUAUUUUUUUAGCUUAUUUAUUUUUUAUAUAACUAAUUUUAUAUUAAAAUUUUUCUUUAGUUGUU